CUGUCUCUCUGCGCGCUCUGACUGGAGGGGGCUGGCUCUCCCUGAUUGAAUCCAGCUGUUGUGAAAGCGCUCGGAGGGGGCCCGUCAAUUUGCAUUGCUAAAUAAUCCGUAGAGCCGACAGAGUGGGGCAGAGACAGAACAGUCCAUUUUGAAAAAGGCAUUCCUGCAACAGUUGGUCAAUGUGCCGGAGCUUCAGCUCGACCAGACAGCGGUUAAUGAAAACCUGGUGUCGGCUUUCGCGUAAAGGCGCAUAGUUGGGGGGUGGCGAGAGCCCUGCUGGGUAGUGGAGAGGGGAUUUGGGGAGAAUUUACGGGUCGUCUUGAUCUUUCCUUUGAGAGAAACCAUAAACCAUGCUUUUUGAAAUACGUGGCUUCAGGUUUUGCUCCUGUGCAAGGAUGUUGGCAGCUCUGGUAUUUAUUCUGCUUUGUAUCCAGCCUGGUCACGGACAGACCUGCACAGAAGGUUUUGCAUAUGACCGCAGGGCAAGACAGUGUAUAGAUGUGGAUGAGUGCCGUACCCUGCCAGAUGCUUGCAGAGGAGACAUGCGCUGUGUGAACCAGAACGGAGGCUACCUGUGCAUCCCAAGGACCUUGUACAGCCAGCCGUACAGACCGGACACCCCAGGCCUGCCAGAGCGAGGUUACCCGGACACGUCGGUCGGAUUCUCAGAAACCUUCCUCCCAGAUCCCCCGAGAUCUGUGGAGCCCAGCUACCCCAGAGUGAGGACAACUGCGCAAUGCAUCCUGGGAUAUACUGUUGCAGAGGAUGGCAGCUGUAAUGAUAUUGAUGAAUGUGAGACAAACUCUCAUCACUGCAACCCCACCCAGGUCUGCAUCAAUACAGCAGGUGGCUACACCUGUUCCUGCACUGAAGGAUACUGGCUAAUUGGUGGACAGUGCCAGGAUAUUGAUGAAUGUCGCUAUGGUUACUGCCAACAGCUGUGUGCCAAUGUCCCUGGCUCUUAUUCCUGCUCCUGUAACCCUGGCUUCAUCCUCAACCCAGACAGCAGGACCUGUCAAGAUGUGGAUGAGUGUGAAGAUGAACCAUGCAGUCACGGCUGCUUCAACACCUACGGCUCCUUCAUGUGCAACUGUGACGAGGGAUUUGAGUUGGCGGCCGACGGGACUUCAUGCAUUGACUUGGAUGAGUGCAGCUUCACUGAGUUUCUGUGUCAGCACAGAUGUGUGAACACCCCCGGUUCUUUCUCCUGCAUCUGUCCGCCUGGAUAUUAUGUAUACGAGGACGGCAGGAGUUGUGAAGAUAUCAAUGAAUGUGACACUGGUAACAACACCUGUACAACAGCACAAGUAUGUUUCAAUUUCCAGGGAGGCUAUACAUGCCUGGAUUCUUUACAGUGUCACUCUCCUUACAUUGAAGUUAGUGACAAUCAGUGUAUGUGCUCAGCUGAAAACCCUGCCUGCAGGGACAAACCCUUCACUAUUCUGUACCGACACAUGGACUUGUCGUCGGGGCGCAGUGUGCCUGCAGACAUCUUCCAGAUGCAGGCCACCACGCGUUACCCUGGCGCCUUCUACAUCUUCCAGAUAAAGUCGGGCAACGAAGGACGAGAGUUUUACAUGCGACAAACCAGCAAUGUGAGCGCCACACUCGUCUUGUCACGGCCCAUCAAGGGACCCAGGGAGGUGGUGCUGGACUUGGAGAUGGUCACAGUCAACAAUGUCAUCAACUUCAGAGGCAGCUCCAUCAUACGUCUGACGGUAUUUGUCUCAGAGCACCCGUUCUGAGUGUCCCAAAUGAACUUCAUCGACCCCCUAAGAAUCAAGCUGCACUCAUCUGCAGCUGAUGUAAUGGUUUGUUUGAGACAGCUUUUUUUUUUUUUUUUAACAUUAUGUCAUCCUCAGUAAAGACACGUCCGAUAAAGACUCAGCAAAGAUCAGCUGAUGGGAAAGCAUCCCUAUGCUGGAAUCCCCACCCUGGUUUAAUGGACACUGAGCUUUUAUAGCUGCGAUAUGGACUUUCGACACAGAGGGAUAUUUAUGGUGUACAAUUUCUGACAUCCUCUAUUUAGAAAAUGACCUGAAAAUGAUGGAAAGUACCCCCACCGAGUACCAGUGUAUACACAAUACAGUUUCCCCCCAGUUGUCUGUGAAUUUUCAUCCCUUCAGAUAAGCUGUGAAAGUGACUUUUUAUAUGCCUGAAUUCAAGAGCUGUCAUUACAUCACGAGUGCCACAAGAUCAUUGUCGUGUUUUUUUAUGAGACAGGAGGAGAGUCGGUUAUCGGAGCCGAAGUGUAAUUGUGCAUUUGCAGAGGCUUGAAAUGAUGUAACAAUCAGUCAUUAACUGAAUUAUUGAUCACAGUUUAUUUUAGUCCAAUAAAUGUCUUCACCACACAA